CUUCCACAGUCUUGGAACUCAACAACGCCUUCCCUACAUGAAUUCAGAUACACCCACACACAGUCAUCGCUAACAUUCUUGAUCAAAUUAUCGAGGCUGGGACCGAAGGUCAUGAUCUAUGGGAUGGGUCUGGGUGAUGAUAAGCCUGCUACAUAUAGCGUGAUUGCAAAGGAAUACACGAGUGAGAAUUUCUUUCCCUAUCCAAGCGACAGUUCGGAGGAGCCCUUACAGAAUGGUUACGUUUCAUCUUCGAGGCUCAAGGAUUUCGCUGGCUUGUUCAAGUUGAAUGUCUUACAAAAGAUCAUUCCGGGUCUGCACAAGGCGGGUUAUGAAGAAGCAUCUAGUGAUCUCCAAGAGCCUCGUAGCUCUGCGUCAACGUCUGAGAUUGCCGAACCACUUCGACCUCUACCAUACGGUGAUCCCGGCUUUGAUCCCCUUCGCCCUGCUCAUCUACGUCCGGGCCCUUUCGGAGGUAUAAAUCCGUUCUCCAUCGGUCAUGAUGACUUGAAUCCUCCAGGCUUAGGUUCUAAUCCGUCUCUGACUGGCCCUUUCUUCGGAGGCGGAAACAGUCCCUUGCCUAGGCCCGGUAUGGGUGGAAUGCAUCCUACCGCCGACCAUCCCCUGUUUGGAGGUCGUGGAGGUGAUUAUGGGGACGAAAGGCCACCCAAUGCGCCUCCCGGCGCUAGAUGGGAUCCUGUCGGACCGGGGAACGGCGGGUUUGGGUUACCGAGAGGCCCGAGGGGCCCAUUUGGAGGAAACGGCAGUGGAUUUCCUGGAGGAGGAUUUCUUUAA